AUGGUAAUCUACCAAAUUUUCGAAGCACUAACGGUUCCAAAUGAAGAACAGUACAUUAGAAGAUGCACUGAAACGAGUAUGAAGUGGCUUCGAUACAUGGGGUUUGUCAGAUUUCACGGGAAUGAUGGACUUCGAUCGGCCGUAACUAUUCUCCCGGAGAUUAUUGCUUUCGUUGCUUCGCAUAUCUCUUUCGUUGUGGUUGUAUUAUUCUCUCAUCGUGCACAGGAAGUUGAAGUACCCGGCACAGUUAGACCUGUUCGAAUGAAUAAUGAUGGAAAGUCGGAACCUUGCCUAUUGCAUUCUUUUCCAGCCAUCGAUUCUGAAUUGCGUGUACUUCUUAGUGUUUCUUUUUGUUGCGAGCUGAUUCUUCUCUUCUUCGCUGCAUUUCACAUACUGGCAAUUUACAUCUAUCAAAUUCCGAUUGUACAGGAAAUCCUGCCUGGGGAGUCAAUUUUGGCUAGGAUUAUCGGUCUCUCCGCGAUUUUACUAACUGAUUGUCAAAGGUGGUGGAAGUUUUGGGUUAAUGAUAAUCUACAGUUGCCUGCUAUGAUUAAUCCUCUAUUUUUGCUGGUAUUCUAUCAUGUCCUCAUGGUUCAACUGCUUUGGACUUACAACGGCAGUCGAGAUUAUGUUGACGAUAACGAUGGUGAAUCAUCAGUUCAUGAAGAGAGACUAAAUGCUGGAAAUGAUCGCGCCGAUGACAAUGCUGCCCUUAGUCCUCAUGGGAGCCGGCCGUUGCUUCCUCCUGAUGGGGAAGAUGUGCACUUUGGAGAAACGGGACAAGCGAUACCUCUACGGAAGGUUACUUCUCAGAUUGUCGAUCGCCAUAGAAUUGGACAGAUUUUUGGAACUGCUGAAAAUCCAGCUACCAUUGCUGCUUCAAAAGGAAUGGUGGCAAUCUUUUCGUUCGCUUUAUACCAUGCCUACACAUUUGCUUUGCUUGCCAUGAUGACAUGGGCUUUGUUAUAUCACUCAAUCUUCGGCCUUCUUCUGCUGGUGUUGGCGUGCACGUUAUGGAUGUUCAAGGAUUCGCGUGGAGCCUCAUUCGCUAUGGCACCAUCGAUUACGGUUUAUGUUGAGUUCCUUCUACUGGCUCAGUAUGCAUGCAGCAUGAACGUAACGUCUUCGGAACUUCAGUUGCCAGAUUGGCUAAAAAUGGUUGGAAUUAUGAUUGCCAGUAAUAUGUGGAGUGGUUUUGUUACCCUUUCGGUGAAGCUUCUUCUUAGCCUUCCCGUCUUCCUACUGCUUCGCUUAAGCAUUCGAGAGACCUUCUACGAAUCGUUGAGCGAACACGAACGAGUGCGUCGUAUUCAGAACUACGGUACGUUCCACGAUAAAGAUCCUGCUGUUCCAGUUGGUACUACACAGGGAAGGAGAGAUAGAGCUGCCGGGUUUGUGCACUGGUUGUCGUUACAGUUUACGAAGUGCUCAAUAUUCCUUGUAGCUCUAGUGCUUCUUGUUGUCGCCUGUCAACCGCAUCCUGUACUUUAUACUAUCGGCUUUUUCUGCAUAUGGUGUUUGUUGGUAAUCUAUUUUAAGUUUCCUGAGGUCUGGACCAGGUGGACGGGUUUGGACAAGAAGUGGAAUGACGAUAUUGGUUUGAUUAACUACAGCGACGUUGGCGAAUCGGGGGCAUUGUUUGCACGAUUAUUUACGCCGAUCUCGUUGUUUGUUGUUGCCAUGCUUCAACUGAAAUUCUUCCAUGAUCCAUGGAUGGCAAUGAUGACACGGACUUCAGAAGAUCGAGGUGAAGUGCUUGUUGACAGAGAGCCUUCUAUAUCAGCGCGGAUAGGCAAUUUUGUAAAUCGAGCAGUCGAAUUGAUUUGGCGAAUAACGGAGAUUCAUAUAACAAAAAUUGUAUUUAUUAUUGUUACAGUAUUUGCUGCAAAUAAUAAACGUGUGUUUCCCUUAUUGAACAUGGACGAUUUCGAUCUUGAUUUGGUACAUGCCAUGCAAUUCCUUGUUGAUUUUGGGUUCUAUAAAUUUGGUUUCGAAUUAUGUAUGAUUAUGAUGGCUAUAAAUGCAUGGGUGCGCAUGGAUAUGCUGGCUACUGUGAUGUGUAUUUGGAUAGGACUCUUUGCACUGAACAAAAGAUCUGUUUCUCGCAAGCUUUGGUAUAUUUUUGUGACGUAUCUUGCUGUACUUUUUCCGCUACAGUAUGUCAUUUACGUAGGACUUCCUGAGGACAGUUGCUUAGGCUAG